UCCUGACGCCACCGGCGCUGAACCAUGGGGUACGCACUACUACGCGGCUAGUGGCACAACUACAGUCUACGAUGUCUCGUGCAGUCAUAGCAUUACUUGCCGGAACAUGGGGUCCACCACCAGUAUCGAUCACACACUGCCCAGCACAAGCUGCGCUGGCAUGACGGAAGCAUCAGCAAGCUUACAAUACGACGCCAGUGCUAACGAAGCCAUCACGCCACAGAAGUCGUGGAGCUCUCAGCGCCCGCCGCACUCAGUAUUCUUCGCUGAUCACCUUCAAGGGCAUGCAAACAGUACUGGAAGCGGAAGCGCCGGUUUCACAGUACCGGUCUACAGCAGCAGCAGCGGUGGUGGGAGCGAUGAUUCAGUGGCAAGCACAAGCCACGCGGGCAUGCAGGAAGCAUCGGGCAUGUCGGGAAAUGAAACUAGGAACGCUACUAGAAGUGGAGGAAGGGGACAUCAAGAGCUGUCCGGUGUCUCUGGGAAUGUUUCGAGAUGGCGGGAUGCCUUACGCGGGCAUGCCAACCAGCACACAGGCGAUACAGCCCCCAUUUGUAAAGCACGCGAUCAAUCAUCUGUGAAGCUGUCGGAGUUUGUAGAGUGCUGCCGCAUCCGUGAUGCCAAAAAGCACGAAUGCGAAAUCUGCGGUAAACUGUUCCACCGGGCUCGUCACCUAGAUGCCCAUAAGCGCACGCAUACUGGUGAGAAACCCUACAAUUGCGAAAUAUGUGGUGCAUCAUUCGCGCAGAAUUCGGCUCUCUCUAGACACCAGCUCACUCACAAGGACGAGAGGCCCCAUGUCUGCCAUAAAUGUAGUAAAUCAUUCAAAGCGAAACGCUAUCUCAAGGAUCAUCUCAAAUCGUGUUGUAGAAAAUGAGCUUUCAUUUGCGAAAUAUGUGAUGAAUCCUUUAUAGACAACUCUCAUCUCCGCCAUCACUACGCAAGGGUGCACGGGCAUAUAAUACUGCCCGAGUGAUUUCGUUUGGCAGAGAAAGAAACACUUGACGGACAGCUGUGCCGGAAUAAUACGUGCUACUUAGGUUUAGAUUAAUCUGAAGAUGCGAUUCAACUGAAUAGACACCCCGUAAGGCCUAGGCGUGUGCAUUCGUAAUAUCUUGACUGGCGCGCAAGGUAAAUAAAUCUCCCACGCCAUUUGUAUACCAACGUGAGAAAGAAAUCAUGCAGGAAAACAACACUGACAUUCUUUGACAGGAGCCAGCAACAACUAAAUACAUCGUAUGGAGAGACCGGCUUCUCUUCAAAAUUAAAACCGCUGAGGUAAAUUUUCCUUUCUUAACGCUAGUAGACGAGACAUUGUCGAUACAAGUAUUUAUCGACCAUCAAUGUCGAAGUGCAGUUCAGGUCGUGGACCACGCUCUCUGUCUGCAGACCUAUGUUGUUCGCGAAUGUAGCUUUAGCAAACUCAUUUCAAGACAAACCCUGAUGGGCUGCAAGUAUUUGUUUUGUGUAAGUACAAAGUGGAAAUGUUCGCAUAAGAUCAUUGACAACUUGUUUAGAGAAGUACAUUCGGCAAUCGUUUCGCAUUACCCAUCCUUUUAGUGAUUCUGUUGUGUGAAUAGAAGAAAACACCUCUCAUUAGUGAGCCUUUACAAAUCAAGGACUCUUGUUGUAGUAAACUAAAAAGUAAUCUCUGAUAUUAUGUGAUGUUCUUGAGCACUGUAGCCUUCGACCGACAAUACUUGCAGGAGCUUUUACGAAAAUGUAUAGCCACAUUGUAUAGAUAGGAAAAUUUAUUUCCCUAGACGUUCCUCUCAAUGGAUUUAAUAUUUUAGCUAUCUCUUUGUCUCUUAUAUUCUUACCGAAGAUCUUUGUUGUAUGCCACAAACUAAGCUGAUGACAGUAGCGAGACAAUAAAAUUCAAAUAGUUCAAAGCUUCACCUAUGUGAUAUGUUCUCCUUCUAUAAAUUGUUUGUUAUUCUUGUGUUAUUGUGCAAGAAUCUCCGUCAGGUCUAAAUUGCAGAUUUUAUCCCCAAGAACGGUAAAUGUUUUGACUAGGAGUGCUCUCUGCUUACAGCCGUGAAAUCUUAGUCUGAUAUGACAAACGCAUCCGUGCGAGCAAUGACAUGACAAGUAAGAUUCAGGUUUUAUGAAUAUUGGCGCCCCUACUUGUAUAUAUCUGAAUUUGAACACGUUUGAACUGCUAGCAAAUGUUAAGUUACUGCUCAGCGCAUGACACGCCUGCAUGUAUCAGAACAUUCCCGAACUUUCUCGGCGGUUGUCUGUUUUGUCUACAUUGUAGUCGAAUCUUUUCUGUUCAAGUUGUACGCGCGACGUGAAGGGAGAUGUGCAUUCUAAAAGGCGUGCAAGCUCCAGCAAUGACGGUGGAAUCUUCGACGAAUCACGUGGGAAUAGCUGACGCUCAUUAAACAAUAACCACGUCUUGAAUGAUCGACGGAUGUGUCCCGCACCAUCUUUCCGCCCGAGUAUAACUUCUUUUGUUGGUUCAGUCUCGCCCAAUAAAGAGCAUUUCCUCACCUAA